UGGUUUACCAUCUCUGUCCUCUUCCUCCUGCAGCAGAGCGCGGACUCCUCCGAUGAGGAGACCUUACACAUCGACACCGAGGCCAAGCCAGAGGUUAAAGGUCGUAACUCCAAGGUGAAGAAGAAGAGCGGGAGCGCCGCAGGGAUCCUGGAUCUGCUGCAGGCCAGCAAACAAGUGGGCGGGAUCGACUACAACACCCACAGUCAGCCGCCGGCGUCUCCCAGCACGCAGGAGGCCAUUCAGGGCAUGCUGUCCAUGGCCAACCUGUCCUCCUCGGACACCCUGGAGCAGCCCUGGAGCAACAGCCAGUCCAAGAGCAACUCGCAGAGCCUGCAGGCGUACAAGAAGAGCGGCGGGGCCACCGGCGGCGUCGGCAAGACGUCCAAUAAGAGGCUGCCGAAGAAACCCAGGAAGAGCAGCAGCAUGGAGAGCCUGGACUACGACGACGACGAGCAGGACCACAUGGACGCCUGCUUCAAGGACUCGGAUUACGUUUACCCGUCCUUGGAGUCUGAAGAGGACAAUCCUGUUUUCAAAUCCAGAUCCAAGAAGCGGAAAAGCAGCGAUGACACGCCGUACAGUCCUACAGCGCGCGUCGGACCUUCAGUUCCUCGGCAUGAGCGACCGGCCAGAGAGGGGGCCCGCGUGGCCUCCAUUGAAACGGGCCUGGCUGCAGCAGCGGCCAAGCUUUCUCAUCAGGAGGAGCAGCAAAGAACCAAGAAGAAGAAGAAAAGCACCAAGAAAAAGAGCAUCAUAGUGGAGGAGCUGCCAAAACACUCUCAGGACAGCAGCUCCCCGGAUCAUAAUGCCGACUCCCAGGACGGCAGCCUGACGGACCACGAGUUCGGCCCCGGAGCCGUCAAGUCUCCAGGAGGGGCGCAGCCCAUGGCACCGGGGAUCUUCCUCAGCCAGAGGCGGCCGUCCGUGUCUUCUCCCAACAACAGCACCAACUCGUCUAGUACCAACAGCAGCAGCACAGCCAAGGGGGACCGCCUGGGCACCACAGACGCCAAAGCUAAGCGGCUAAAGAAAGGAAUGGCAACAGCCAAACAGAGACUUGGAAAGAUCCUGAAGAUCCAUCGAAACGGGAAGCUCCUCCUGUAGCAUGCAGCGGUUCAGGGACCGGCUCCCAUCCCAGAGUCAACCUGCUCACCUAGAAAAGCCAACAAUGGGAGUUUAUGAAAAAAAACUUACUGAAACUCUAUGGGAGAGAAGGAAAAUCAUGCAUUUUUCAAUUUCUAAGAAGAACAUCACUCAGAUAGGUUUUUGCCUCUACUUAUACUUUAUAACUUUCAGAUAUUAAAGUGUACAGAAGCUAUUAUAAAUAUUUUUUAAGAGAACAUGUCUCAUUUUACUACAGCUGUCAUUUUAUCAGGGGUUGUUCAAUAGAAGUACAUUGCAGUCAUUCCAAGAUCCAUGGAAGUAUCCCCAGCAUGUUCUGUGUGCUUUGGGUGGCGCUCCUGAUGUGGUUACAGCUCUAUGUCUGCGCUGUGACUGGAUCUAGGUUCAGCUCUUGGUCCUUGUCCAGGUUUGGGUCCAGGAUCUUGGUCUUGGGUUGUCCUGGGUCGGGGAUCCAGCCUCUCAUCACCAAACUGAGGUCAAAGGUUCCUGAGGCAUCCGAUCGGAUCAGCGCCGAGCCCCAUCAGGGGCGGCUUUAUUUAUUCUAGUCUUUAGGUAGGAAAGGAGAAGCACAGGAUCAGAACCGAUGUCCAACGCACACGAGGACGCAGCGGAUCGGCGGGGGAAGUGACAGAGCAGCGUCGCCAUGGUGAUACUUCCUGUCUGCUUCUCUUUCCCAGGCAGCACCACCGCCCUGCUCCACUCUAGAGACUUUUUCUAUCCUUUUUCGCUCCAGAAUCUUUUUACUUAUUUCGAAUAAUGUAAAUCGAAAAGCGUCUAAGUGGGUUUGCAACCCGAUGACGUUGUGUUUCUGUAUUUUUAUUUGCUGGCUGUGGCGGUGCUGCCUGGAAACGGACAGGAAAUGAGCAACAUGUUGUCGUCAUAUGGCCUUACAUACACAAAGCUAACUGUAUUGUGAUUCUGUUUGAACAAGAAACGAAGCUUUGAGGAAAAACUGUAGUAAAGGAAAAAAGUUUCUGACCAGCCUCUUGUUCGACUUCUAGUAUCCUGAAGGUUUCAGAAUUAUUUUACUAGCACCUUGUGAAGUGUUUCUGUGUCGGUGAUGUAAUUUAUUAAUGUUUGUAGCUUUUUUAUACUUGUACAAUUCUUAAGAGGUUUGCUUUGGAAUAUGUUGUGAAAUGACCCUUUAAUUUGGUUAUUCUGUGCGAUGAUGCGUUUGAUGAUGCGUUUGAUGAUGCGUGUGUGCGUGCGUGCGUGCGUGUGUGUGUCGGAGGCAUCGCAUCAGACUCCCGCCCUGUGCCAUCAAACAUGCGUCCAUCACGUUUCCCCUCCUCCGCUCUCAGGACGUCGUCUCAGAAAAGACUUUUGUCCUUCAGCUUUUCUUUGUACAGUCCAUGUGUUGCUUGGUUGUGAUUUAUUUUUCUAUGUCUGACUCAUUAAAUGCAUCCACUGUUCCCCGGCAGUGAAUCCUA